AUGGCCUCGACUGGGGAGACUGUAAAUGUUCCUUUCUUCAAGAAGAAGAAGGGAACUCGACCAACGACUGCUCGGAAACGCUCUGUCUCGCCUGAACGACCCGAUAAUUUGGGUGCUUCAUCCUCCAAAACCCAGGUGGUGCUACCCACCAAGAAGGCGGCCUCGAAUCUGCUUAGUGCGGGAACUAAACGCACUGCUGCCCAAAGGGACGACCUUGAUACUCCCGAGAAAGACGGGCCGGACGUGAAAUGGUCAGCAGAGGGAUCUCACAUCAACACGGCUCUUGAGAUUCUUGCUGGGGAUGAAGCGGACGAAAUCUUGGCCAAACGCCGUAGGAAGGAACGUCAGGAAGCUGGGGAGGAUGACAUUGAGGUACCUGACGACGGCCAAUACCGAGGGCAGAACGCCUAUAGAACACAUAUCAAGAAGACAACCGAAACGCCAAAAGCCAUGCGUACCGGACCUCAACGCAGCACCAAUACAAUCCGGACGGUUACUAUUGUUGACUACCAGCCAGACGUCUGUAAAGAUUACAAAGAAACCGGGUUCUGCGGCUUUGGAGAUACCUGUAAAUUCCUUCAUGACAGAGGAACAUAUCUCGCUGGAUGGCAAUUGGACAAAUUGGCGGAGAAUCCGAAAAAGCAGGUCGACGAUGAUUCAGAUUCCGACUCAAGCGACGACGAGGAUAUCCCCUUUGCCUGCCUCAUUUGUCGUAAACCCUACACCGAUCCCAUUGUCACUCGGUGCGGACACUACUUUUGCUCGGCUUGCGCAAUAAAGCGAUUCGCCAAGACCCCGAAAUGUCUCGCAUGUGGGGCUCCGACUGGUGGCAUCUUCAACCGAGCCGAUAAAGUCAUAGACAAGAUGAACAAAAAGCGGAAGGAGAAGGAGGAAAAGGAAAGAGAGGAUGACAGUGACUCGAACAUCCAGAUAGAAGGUCUGGAAGAGAAACAGGGAAGUGACGGCGACAAGGACGAUUCGGACGACGACUCCGAGUAA